AAUACUAGAUAUAUAUAUAUUGGAGACGGUUUACACCCUUUUAGUAUGGUUUUCAAUUUCUUCAGCGGAUAUCAACAUGGCCUCAGUAAAGUUGCUUCUUAUUGCCAUUUUGGUUGUUGCUGUAUCCGUGAACACCUCAGCGCAACUUUUGUCACAAAUGAUUUCUCCCAUCGUAGAUGCGGCAACGAAUUUCUUGGUCCCAACUACAAACUCCUCCAAAGAGAUUCCUUCCGAUAGUAACAGUACCAACCCGCGAUUUGAGGCGAAAAACCGAGAAUUAAGUCCUUCCAGUCUAAAGUCAAUCGCUGGUUAACAAAUAUAGAAAACUAUAGAUUAAAUUGUCAUUAUAAAAAAGGACCAAAAAUAAAUUUUUUUUAACGAA